AUGUCAUCUCACUACACAACCGAACCACCCCCUACCGCCUCCGUCCUCCUACACACCACAGCCGGCCCAAUCCAAAUCUCACUAUUCGCAACCCAAACGCCCCUCGCGUCUCGAAACUUCCUGCAACACAUCCUAGAUGGCUACUACACCUCGACAACCUUCCACCGCGUUGUCCCGGGCUUCGUCAUCCAAGGCGGUGACCCGACCGGAACUGGCGAAGGCGGGGAAAGCAUCUACGAGGACCGAGAAUUCGAAAUCGAUGCCAGAACAGGGGAGAAGGUGGUGUUUGGAGAUGAGGUGCACAGCCGGCUGAAGCUGAAUCGGCGCGGACUGGUGGGAAUGGCAAAGAUGGGUGAGAGUACAUAUGGGAGCCAGUUUUUCAUCACUUUGGCAGAUGUAAGGGCGCAGCUGGAUGGGAAGUGUACAAUGUUUGGGAGAGUGGAGGGGGAGGGGAUAUACAAUAUCGUACGCAUAGCGGAGGCGGAGAACGUGGAGGGUAUCGAAAGGCCAAUGUAUCCGUUCAGGAUUACAGGGGCAGAGGUGCUGGAGAUGCCUAAAGGGGAGCCCUGGGCAAGCAUGAAGAAGAGGGAGAGAGUGGCUAAAAGGACGGCACCGCAGGACGAGGAGAUGGAGGGCAAGGCGCAGAAGAAGGCGAAGACCAAGAAGAAGGGCAAAACGUUGCUGAGUUUCGGCGACGAGGAGGGCGAUACAGAUACAGGACCUGCAAUCCAGCCCAAAGCGAAGUUCAACACAAGGCUGAUCAACGGCACAGCCAGCAAGCAGGAUGGUGCCGCGAAUGGACAACGGGAGCCAGAUCCGGAGAAGUUCCAAAGCGAAACAGCAACCAAACCGUCUUCCAAUCAACCUCAAGAUAGCUACUCGAAGAAGACAUCUAGUGAGAUAACGAAGCUUACUCGCCACCGCUCUUCGCCCAACUCUUCACCUCACUCCCCAUCAAAACGCUCAUCAAAAUCCCCAUCAACGCAGCGCCGCAAACCUUCCUUCCACGACCCAACGACCCAACUCCCCCUCAAAGACCCAGAAUCUCCAUCACGGUCUCCCACCCCAUCACCCGGCCCGCCCUCCAAAACACCAACAACGACACUCAACGCCGAAAUCGCCGCCCUUAAAGCAUCCAUGCGCCGCAACGUGCCCACAGCUUCGGAAAAACCCCGCAAGAAAUCCGCACUCGAGCAAUUGAUCCCCGAAAAGAGCAUCCGAGGCCGGAAGAGGCCGAGGCCAGGCGAUAGCGGUGGUAGUACCCUUGGCAGCAACAACGACAGAGAUGCACUGAAGAUGUUGAACGCGUUCAAAGCGCGGCUGGAGGGGAUUGGUCGCAACGAGAUGGAGGUAAAGAGAUCGUCGAAGGCGAAGGACGAGGGCAAGAGGACCAGCUUGAAUGGCAAUGGCGUGUUGUCUCAGCAAUCUGCAGAUGCCACAAUGAAGGAGGGCAAAGAAGACGACGACCACGGCGAAGAAGAAGCAGCCCUUUGCGAUCUGCAUUUCAUAGCGAAUUGCCUAUCGUGUUCCCAUUGGGACCGAAACCCCUCAUCAGACCUCGCCAACCACUCCGACCAACAGCAUCCACAUUCCUCCGCUUCCGCCGACGAAGAAGAUGCAGAUCCAACAGGCGACACAGAUUGGAUGUCCCACGCCCUGUCCUUCGAAAAGGACAGAUUGGGCAAAGAUCUGACCUGGAAGCGGAAGAACGAGGAGGAAUUGGUUGUGAUUGAUCCGAGGGAGAAGGAGAAGGAUCUGGCUGCCAGUGGUAAGUUGAACCGAAGGAGUGGGAAAAGAGAACGGGAGUGGGGUGGCAGAGGAAAGUGA